GCCGUUAUUCGUCCUACUUCGAGGGAAACAAGUUCUAUAUCUUCGCAAACUGUACCACCUUUGCUUAGAUUUUCCUGCUUUUGUUCAUAAUAACAUCAGUAGCCUUAGUGUGUACUACAAAGAUGAGACGCGCCAAAGGAAUAGGCGCUAUAAAUAAACAGAAAUUGGCACAGGCCAAGUAUAAAGACAAGGGCAGUGAGAUUGCGGAGGACCAGCUGAGCCAGAUGUCUAAGAUGCUGGAAGCCUUCCGCACUAACCUGGAAGAGUUUGCCUCUAGUCACAAGAAUGACAUCCGUCGCAACCCGGAGUUCCGCAUGCAGUUCCAGGAAAUGUGUGCCACGAUUGGGGUGGACCCGCUGGCUUCCAGCAAAGGAUUUUGGUCUGAAAUGCUUGGCGUCGGUGAUUUCUACUACGAGCUUGGGGUGCAGAUCAUUGAGGUGUGCAUUGCGACACAGCAUCGCAACGGGGGCUUGCUGAGCCUGGAGGAACUACUGAGGAAAGUCAGAGCGACGCGGGGGAGAACGAAACAGGCACAGGAUGUCAGUCUAGACGACCUGAUGAGAGCCAUUAAGAAGUUGCGUAUCCUAGGCAACGGUUUUGCCCUGCACAGACUUCAAGAUGGCCGCUACAUAGUGCAGUCUGUCCCCGCAGAACUCAACAUGGACCACACGAAUGUACUGAAUCUAGCAGAGGGUUCAGGUUAUGCAUCUUUCUCGAUGUUGAAACAGCAGUUGAAAUGGGAUGAUGAUAGAGCACAUCUUGUUAUGGAUCGUAUGGUGCAGGAGGGACUGGUGUGGGUAGACGACCAGAACAAAGGAGAGCGUUUAUACUGGUUCCCGGGCCUCUUCCCUGACACAACGUGAUCAAGUCAAGACAGCAAAGUGGCCCUUGACCAUGGAUAUUAUAACAAAGAACAGUACUGUACUGAAAAUCUAAUGACCAGUCACCACAAAAUGAGCUUUAAGUUGGAAAUUGCCAUUUUGCAGUACAGUGGGGCAGUGCCAACAUUUGAAGGGGUGGUCAAUUGUUUUUGUUUCCAGGUAAACCUUCAUCUGUAUUAAAGUCCUGUGCUACCUUUCUCCAAUGUUUUUGUUCAGUCAAAAAACCUUUAAACCUAUUUCAUCCCGUCUUAUGGAGUGUAAAAAGUGGACAACCAUAUUUUCUCAUUUUCUGCUAGUAGAAUUUUAGGUUUUUUAAAAUGGCAACACCGGAUUUUAAAAAUGUAAAAUUUUCUGCCAGCAGAAAUUUGGAUUUUACUUUGAGGACUUUCUCGGCGCCUCAAAAGUGGAAAACCUAAAAGUCUACCAGCAGAAAGUGGGAAAAUACAGUUGUCCACUUUUGAUGCUCCAUACCGUCUUUUAUAAGUUGACUGUUCAAUCAAAAUAUAACUUCAGGAUUUUUCAAUGCCAUUUUCUCGAAAAUCAGUUUUACACCUUCAAGUAAGUUGGUGGUCUAUAUUUCCGUUACUGAACUCAGUACCCUUAAUGUUGUAUACCAUUGGAAAGCUCUUGUUCUGCAGAAUCCAGAUACAUAAAUAUUUCAAAUCUUAAAAAGUCUGACUUCAAGCUCAUUUUGUGAUGACAUCACAAUUGUAAACUGACAAAAAAAGGCCAACGGGCAAGUUGCAUCAAGUUAAUGAAAGUCGUAGAAGCCCAACAUUUGGAAGCAGAGUUUCGAGAGAUUAGUUAUGUUUGUAACAAGCAUAUGCACCUUUUGGUGUGCAUAUUGUGGAGAAAUGUUCUCAGUCUGUCAAAAUCAAACAACUUUCAGUGUACCAGUAAUAAUUUUUUUUAAAAACAAAAUAAGAACAACCGAUCCAUGUAAAGUAAUAGCAACAAGAAACUCCCUCCUACACAGACAGUCCAAAAUGCCAUCCACUUCCCCUGCCAUGCCCUUUAACACAGGCUAGUCACUGACAG